UGUACAUAAUAAGAUACACUAGUGACAUCUUCUUUCACUAAUCGAACAUUGCUGUUUCUAUUUCUUUUCAUUUGGCACGUUAUCUCCGGCUUAUAGAAAUUUUGGCGAACGGACAGUUGUUGCAUCAAUCUGACAAUCUAAGACGAGUCAAGAAAUUUAUUUACAUCUUUAUUGUUGAAUAUAUCAUCUAAACCAUGGAAAAAUCAGCAUUAGCACAAGAGAAAGUAUGGUUUGACAAACCAUCCUAUGACAAGGCGGAACGACUAUAUUUUGAAAGAAUGGCUAAGGUGGUGUCUCAUAAAAUUAUGGAAAACUGCUCCCUCAAAUCUGAAGUUUCUGUAACUAAUAAUUGUCAGACUAAUUCCUUCUUGAAUAGUAACUCUUUGACUAAAACAAAGUCUGACAAAUUUAAAGACAAUAAGUUAUUGAUCUCUGAGAAUAUUUCAAAUGAUAUGAAAAAUUCUAAAUGUCAAAUAAAAACAUCAAAAACAAAUAAAGAUGAGGAUAAAUUGAAUGUACAAAAGAAAGAAAAUGUAGAAGAGAAGCAAAAAUCUGACAAUGUUAAAAAUGAUUUAAAAGAGAAGGAGAAAGAGACUAGUCCUUCAAAUGAUGCAUCUAAAAAAUAUAAUACAAAAGAAGUAAAAGAGAAAAAGAAUAAAGCAGAUACAAGACAUAGAAAUAGAAAACAAAAAAAUGAUAUUAAGGAAAUAAAAGAAUAUGUUCCUCCAUUAAUAAGGAAUAAGCAGCAGUUACCUACUCAGGGAAAUCAACAAACUACUAGUCCAAUUCUAUCUGCUGGUGGAAGUUUAGCCAAUGAGGUUGCCAAGGCUCGUCAACAUAUUAAACAGUCUUUACAGUGUAUGGAUGAUAUUGCAGCUGUUGCUGGUUUUACUACUUCAAAUGAUAACAAAAAGGAUAUUUUAGAAUCUACUUUCUUCCAAGAAUUACAAAAUACACAUAUAUUGAAGCAACAUAUUGAAAGAUUGGAGGAACGUGUCAAAGCUCUUGAAGAUAAGGUUCAUCCUCUUAUAUCUGCUGCUCCUCCAGUAGCAGUUUGUUCUCCUAAACUUCAACCAGGUUCAAAACCAGCACAAGAAAAGGCUGAUGAUGACGAAGAUGUUGAUCUUUUUGGUUCAGAUUCAGAGGGAGAAGAUGCAGAAGCUGCAAAAAUUAGGGAAGAAAGACUAGCUGCAUAUGCUGCAAAGAAAGCUAAAAAACCAAUCCUUAUUGCCAAGUCAAAUAUCAUAUUAGAUGUAAAACCAUGGGAUGAUGAAACAGAUAUGAAAGCUAUGGAAGAAGAAGUGCGAAAGAUCGAAACUGACGGUCUUUUAUGGGGAGCGUCAAAACUUGUUCCGCUUGCCUUUGGAAUUCACAAACUUCAGAUUUCAUGUGUCGUAGAAGAUGAUAAAGUUUCCGUAGAUUGGCUUACAGAAAAAAUUCAGGAAAUCGAGGAUUAUGUACAAAGCGUAGAUAUUGCAGCCUUCAAUAAAGUUUAAAAUAUUAACAAAACUUCCUUUAUAGAGAAAUAUCUGACGGUUCUAAUUGCAAUCAGGCAUUGAUCUAUUGUGCCAUCUUUUCAUUCCAUUAGCAAUAUCUACUUUGAUAAAUACAUUAAAUACGUAUUCUAUAUUAAAUACGAGUGUCCAGAAAUGAAAAACCUAGUUAUUAUUGUACUCCAAUUUUAAUAUUCAAUGUGUCAAUUUAUCAAGUCAUUUCUAAAAAUACUCAAAUUUUUAAACUGAUUGUACGAUCGAUAUAUUCUUUAUAAGGAAAAAUAUAAACAAUAAAUGUUUAACAUAAUUUGGUGUAUAAAGUUGUAACGUCAAGUAGAAACACUUAAUUUGUCAUAGAAAUGCUAUGCUAAUUUGUUAUGCUAUCGAACAGUAAUGUAUGUAGGUAUAUAAUGCCAAUUACUAGUAUCAUUUUUAAUUGUUUGUUUUGGAGUAUUGUUAUUAUAAAUAAAAAUUGUCAAUUUAA